GCCGCCGGGCGGGCUGCGGGUGCCUGCCGGCAAAGCGCAGUUCCUCGGCGAGGCGGCGGCCCCAGCGCCGGCUGCGCUCGGGGCGGACAAGAUGGAGGUAAAAGAUGCAAAUGCGGCAUUGCUAAGUAACUUUGAGGUGUUCCAGUUACUUACUGAUCUUAAGCAGCAGCGCAAAGAGAGUGGAAAAAACAAGCAGAGCUCUGGUCAGCAGAAUCUGAACACAAUCAUGUAUGAAACACUGAAGUACAUUUCAAAAACACCGUGUAGAUACCAGAGUCCUGAGACUGUGCGAAAUUUCCUCAUAGCAAUGAAAGGUCAUAAGCUAACCAAGGCAGAAAAGCUUCAGUUGCUUAACCACAGGCCUGUGACGGCAGUUGAAAUACAGCUGAUGGUAGAAGAAAGUGAGGAAAGGCUAACAGAAGAGCAAAUUGAGUCACUUCUCCAGACAGUCACCAGUAUUCUUCCAGGGGAUCCAGAAGAACAACAGAGAGACUCGGCAAUGGCAACCGAAGACAAAGGUGACCAAGCAUAGGAGGCAUCUAGACCAAAGCUGGCAACAGUGUCAGCAGAAGAGAAUCAGCUAAUGUUUUUCUGGUUUUUUUACUUAAUACCAGUUUAAUCUUGUAUUGGACAUCAUUGUAAAAUAUGUUACAAUUUUUAUUACUCAGAGGUGAUGAGGGAAGCAAUUGUUUACAAGAAAGCAUGGAAAAGGACACUAUUGUUUCAGCAUUUUGUCAUAAACAGGGAUGGUAGUAACAGAGUUUGUAAUGCAGCAGUCUGAAAAAUUAUGAGGCACAGAAUCUGAAGCUUUUGUAUUUUUUCCAUUACCCAUGUAACAGCUGUACAUUUGAAUAGGCUUAUAUACAGCUGGCUGUGUUUUAAUUAUCACAGCAGUACUAUAAUUACAAUUGCUUUCAUAUGGUUUUGCAUUGCCCAACUGGUUUUCAGAAUACGGUCUACAAUACAAAGCCAACUUCUGGAGCAGUUUGUGAAAAGGGCUGUUUUCAGUGAUCAGAACAUAGAGAAAUGUACAAGAACUGCUUGGAAUCUGGCCAGACAAUUUAAAGUAGGCUGUUGGCAUCAUGGAAGCGAGAGGACCUGUAGGUAGGGUAACUCUUCUCAAGGGUGUCUGACAGUCCGUACUUGACAAAAGAGAGAUGCAGAUCAUCAGCUAAAUCAAUGUAUUGCCACUGAAAUCAGCUGAGUUGGACCAGUUUACAGCAGUUGAGGCUCUGGACUCAAAUGUUAAGGCUCUUAGUAAUACAAACAGAAGAACAUUUAGGCAUGAGGUGUAUACUUUCCCCUUGAAUGUUUGUUCCAGUGUUUAUAUAUCGACAGGUCGGUCUUGUGAACAUGCUGUUAACUGUGGAAUAAAUGAAUGAGUCAACACUGAAGUGAAGUCAUAAUCUGGUUUAGAAGAAUGAGAAUCAGUCCUGGUUGAAGCAGACUUUUCUGUGUACUGAGCUUUUGUCUGAUUAAAGAUUUCAGGAUCAAGUAUUUAAUGUUAAAAACAUUGAUGAUUAUAAUAAAUCUUUUGUGUAUAUAUACCUAUAUAUACAUAAAGUCAUGAGUUACACACAGCACUAGUUUUAUACUAUGACUGCAGGCCAUUCUUUUAUAAUUAUUGUAAUGUACUGGAAAUAAAAAUAAAGUUUGAAGUACAUCCUGGAAA